AAUAUCAUAAACUUAUCGAACUAUUUGUUCUAAUAUAUUUUAAAAUACAUAAAACUAAAGUGUUCUUAGUGUAAAAAUAAUUGCUUUGAUUUUUAUCAUAAACUACAAAAUUGAACAUUGUUAUCUCUUGUUAUUGGUGAUAAUUAUUAAAACAGCAUCAUGUUUAAUCAACUGGGAGGAGCUACGGGCAAUCCCAAUCCGAACAACGAUCUAGAAGUCAGUUCACCCCCAGAAGACACGGUUUCAGCCCUGGAAUUCUCGCCAGCGUCCGUUCCCCAGACGUUUCUCAUCGCAGGCAGUUGGGACUGUCGGGCAAGAUGCUGGGAGGUGGAAAGUUCCGGAAAAACAGUACCCAAAGCUGCACAGAGCAUGGAUGGACCUAUACUCGAUGUGGCAUGGCACGAUGAUGGUAGUAAAGUAUUCAUGGCAUCCACUGACAAAAGUGUGAAAUGCUGGGAUCUGGCCGCGAAUCAGACUAUGCAGGUGGCGGCACAUGACGCUCCAGUAAAGACAUGCCACUGGAUCAAAGCUCCGAACUACACCUGCCUGAUGACCGCCUCCUGGGACAAGACACUGAAGUUCUGGGAUACGAGAAGCAGCCAGCCCAUAAUGGCGAUGAACCUCUCGGAGAGAUGCUACUGCGCUGAUGUUGAUUACCCAAUGGCGGUAGUUGGUACAGCCGACCGCGGUAUCUGCCUGUACACACUGGAGGGCAAGCCAGCGGAGUUCAAACGAGCGGAGGCGCCCCUGAAGUACCAGCACAGGUGUAUCGCUAUAUUCCGCGACAAGAAGACAAAACAGCCAACCGGCUUCGCGUUAGGCAGCGUGGAAGGCCGCGUGGCGAUACAAUACGUGAAUCCCAUCAACCCUAAGGAUAACUUUACGUUCAAGUGCCAUCGGUCGUCGCAGGGCAACACUGGGGGUUAUCAGGACAUAUAUGCCGUGAACGACAUAGCGUUCCACCCCGUGCACGGCACGCUGGCGACGGUGGGCUCGGAUGGCUCAUUCUCAUUCUGGGACAAGGAUGCGCGCACCAAGCUCAAGUCCUCGGAAACUGUUGAUCAGCCACUCACAAAGUGCGCCUUUAACCACAACGGACAGAUCUUCGCCUACUCAGUUGGAUACGACUGGUCCAAGGGACAUGAAAACUACAAUCCCGCCAAGAAGAACUUCAUAUUCAUGCGUGCGUGCUUCGACGACCUGAAGCCGCGGACCACCUGAGCCCAACUAUCCACUUUUUUUUCUAUGUAAUUUUAUAUGCAAACACCAUUACGGCCCACCAGUAAUAUAUCGUAGUUUGCUCUUAUAUUAUUUUUCUUUUUUUUUGUAAUUGGAGUGGCUGACAUAACGGUCUACUAAUAUCGUAUUUUGGACUCUGUUUUUCGCAUUUAGUCUCUCAUUUGGGCCGAUCUGCGUUGAGUCGAGACUACUAAAGUAGCCAAGCUCUUCCCAGAAGCGCUGGCAGAUAUAAUGGACCACCUAGUAUUGUAUUUUAGACUUUAUUUUCGCAUUUAGUCUCUCAUUGGGGCCGUUAUGUGUUGAGUCAAGACUACUAAAGUAGCCGGCCAAGCUCCUCCCAGAAGUGCCAGCAGACAACGGCCCACCUGAUAGUAUUGUUUGUUGGACUCUUUAAUUAGGCUAUCAUUUGGGCCGUUAUGUGUUGAGUCAAGACUACUAAAGCAGCCGGCCAAGCUCCUCCCAGAAGUGCCAGCAGACAUAACGGCCCACCUGAUAGUCUUGUAUGUUGGACUCUUUAAUAAGCCACUCAUUUGGGCCGUUAUGUGUUGAGUCAAGACUACUAAAGUAGCCGGCCAAGCUCCUCCCAGAAGUGCCAGCAGACAUAACGGCCCACCUGAUAGUCUUGUAUGUUGGACUCUUUAAUAAGCCACUCAUUUGGGCCGUUAUGUAUUGAGUCAAGACUACUAAAGUAGCCGGCCAAGCUCCUCCCAGAAGUGCCAACAGACAUAACGGCCCACCUGAUAGUAUUGUAUGUUGGACUCUUUAUUUAACCUCUCAUUUGGGCCGUUAUGUGUUGCCUAUUAAAGUAGCCAAGCUCCUCCCAGAAGCGCCGAAGCCUGGUGUCUUGAGAGCGACCUCACCGUUCCUAGGAUUUGUAUGCGUUGUGUGGCCACUGCAAGCGCUCUACAAUAACGUGAGCGAUUGCAACGUACACGUAACACCACUGGUGUUUCAAGCGUCCAUACGUUACCAUAAUCGCUGGUUUCUUCAAUUAGCCCCUCAUCCCAAUUGGGGCCGUUAUCCGUUGAGUCAAGACUAAAGUAGCCAAGCUCCUCCCAGAAGCGCAGAAGCCUGGUGUCUUCACAGACUUCACGGAACGACGUCAUCGUUCUGAGGAUUUGUGUAUAUGUGCGUUGUAUGGCCACAAGCAUUCCAGGAUUACGUGAACUCACACGUAACAUUCCUGGCGUUUCAAGCGUCUAUAGCCUACGGGAACCGUUUACCAUCAGAUGGGCCAUAUGCCUGGUUGCCACUUACGUGGUAAAACAAAAAAAGGAUUAGUAUCAUAACAGUGCUAUUAACAUCUCGUCCCUAUAUGAUGUUUUAUUGUAGCCCACUGGCGUUCUAGAGGGCUAAGAUAUGUUGUAACUUGUAUUUAUACUGACUUUUUAAUGGAUUUAUAUUAUUUUGUUUAAUAUUAACAUUUAACAUGUGUGAGAUCAAAAAUAUUCAGUG